UUGACAUCUUCCUCUAAAAUGGCGACUAAACGAAAGCAAGAUGAGAAACACCUCAAAAUGUUACGGGAUAUGGCGGCUUUACCACACAACAGACAAUGUUUCGAUUGCCAUCAGAGAGGGCCUACAUAUUUGGACAUGACAAUAGGGUCAUUUGUAUGUACAGCAUGCAGCGGAAUACUACGAGGAAUAAAUCCACCACACAGGGUGAAAUCAAUAUCUAUGGCCAGUUUUACCCCAGAGGAAAUUGAUUUCAUUAAAUGUCAUGGAAAUGAAUUUUGUAGAAAAGUUUGGCUAGGAUUAUAUGACAGUCAGAAAGACCAAGCAGAACCCGACUCCAGAGACGAACAGAAAAUCAAAGAUUUCAUGGCUCAGAAGUACGAGAGGAAGCGGUGGUACCAAGCUCCGACAGAAGCCAUGAAAGAGGAAGCCAGACAAGUAAAUGAGUCCGCUACAAACCGACAGGUACCAACACGGCCACUGAAGACAAUUCUAGGGGACAAAACUCCAAAGCUUGUGGUUCAAAAUCAGUCACCCCAGACAACACCAAAGAAUCAAGCAGCCCAGCAGCCCCCUCCUGUGUCCCAGCCCCCAGCAUCGCAGAGUUUCUCCUCCCCAGGACAACAAAAUCAGUCCUCCCAGUCCUCAGGAUCUACCACUAUGGACCUAUUAGGAGAUUUGGGAGGAGACCCUUUUGCAUCGUCGGCCCCGCCAGCCCCAAAAGUGGCUACAGGUGGUGGUGGUGAAGGGGGUUUUGCUGAUUUUAGCCAGUUCUCUGCACAACCUGCUUCUCAACCCUUCCCAGCAUUCCAGAGUUCCAGCAAUACAAACACACUAUUUCCAAUGUCCAAUACACCAAUCAGUGCUGCCCCAGCUGUGAAUGGGGGAUUUCCCAGUUUUUCCCCAGCCCAGGCCCCUCCAGCGGCACCUGCUGGUAGCGAAUCAUCAGCAUCAGGGGGAAACAAAUACUCAGAUCUAGGAGACUUGUUCAGCGCUCCUACCACAACAGAGUCCAACACAACAGCCCUAAGCUGGGGUGGCUCCACCUCUGUAUCUGGGAUAUCCUGGGGUGGGGGAGGAGGAAGCAGCAAUUCAGGGGGGAUUGACUGGAACAGUGGGGGUGGUAGUGGUACUGGUGUGAACUGGAACAGUGGAGGAUCCAGCAGCACCAUGGGAACCACCAUGAACUGGAACACUUCCUGCGGCAGUACUAGUUCUAUGGCACCAUCAAGUUCAGCCUUCUCUAUUCCGCCCAGUGCUUAUUCAUAUAGCCAGCUGGGUAGACGUGGGAACCCAUUCUUCUCAGACUCUGGGGGAGCCAAUCCAUUUGGAGAGACAACAGCUGCAACCCAAUCUAAUGUUAGCAAUCCAUUUGGAGGAAGUGCAGGUGGAGGUCAUUCAUCAUUGUUUGGCAACCAACCUAAUGCAGGAUUUGGUCAACAUUCAGGGGGAUUUGGAAAUCAACCAACCAGUGCAGCAGGAUUUGGGACACACACUUCCAUGGCAGGAGGGUAUGGAACACCCACAUCAGCAGUUGGAGGAUUUGGUGCCCAAACAUCAGUGGCUAGAGGAUUUGGACAACCAGCUUCAAAUCCUGGUACUUUUAACAUGGGAGGUUUUGGACAGACCUCAACAGCUGGAGGUUUUGGACAUGCUCCUACACCAGGGGGGUUUGGACAAAACCCAUCAGCUGGUAAUUUUGGGCAGCCAGGAGGAGGUUUUGGAGGUGCAGGAAUGUCAAAUCAAUUUCAUAAUCAGAAUGGAGUCUUCAGUUCUAUGGGACCAUCAAGUACAAGUGGUGGAUUUGGGACUGUUUCACAAGCCCAGACAAUACCAAAUCAGUUUGGAAAUUCAAUGCCUGGACAGUUUGAUAAUAAAAUGGGAGGGACCCAUGGGUUUCCAUCAGGAUGGGGAGGCCAGCCUGUAGCCACAAAUGCACAGUCAGUCAAUCCAUUUUUGUCUACAGCUGCUCAGUCAAUGGCCCCAAAGAGUGGUUCAACAAACCCUUUCUUGUGAUGGACAGGAGUAGUUUGUUUUAGCUUUUUAUGAAUUUAAUUUUGAGUGAACACUUCUUGAAAGUCUUUUCAACCAAAGGUGAUUUUCAGUUGAACAAAGAUGACAGUGGUGCCAUGUGCUAUUGAAUGCUAUCAGUGUGGGCUUGCAUGAGAUUAAGGUGUUUGGAAGAUUUCAUGAGACUGAAGUCAUAUUCAUGUACAUGUAUAUACUGAUGUUAUUCAAUUUUAUUUUAAAGCUUAUUUUAAAUCAAAGGUAUAUUAGUUGAUGCAUAACAGUUGGCAAAGAAGAGUAUGUUGUGAUAUGGAGAUUAUAGCUCUGCCAGGUGUAAAAUCCUCUCUCUUUUUUUCUCUUUUUUUAGUUUGACAAUCUAUUUAGCUUAGUCGGUACAGUUAAGGUCCAAAAUUCAUCAACACUGCAAAAUUUGACGAUUGCUGAAUUUGACAGCUCAAAAUCUUACAUUAUUUCUAAGUCGUCUUGUUUCUAGUGAAUGUGCCAUUGGAAAAAAUUAAUGAAAAAAUAGAUUUUCCACAACCAAAAAUUACAUUUUUUGCCAAAUUGAUCAGUGGUAUGAAAUUGUAUAAAAAUGUGUGCCAUUUAAUGUCAAUAGUUGUUAGUAAAGAGCUAAAUUAAGCAAACAUUUCCAAAGUUAGCAACAUUGUGUAAUAUGGACCUUUCCUGGACUGUAGUUAGCUAACUUAUACAAUCACUUAGUUGGAAUACAGUAAUGCUAGUACACAGGUCAGAUGUUAUACACAUAUGGAAUUCUAUGGUAUCAGUUGUACAGAAAAUAGGGAACACAAUGCAAUUACAUGUUUAUUGGUAUAGCGUAAGGAUAGAAUUGUAUAAAAUUGAAUAAAAUUCAUUUUUGUUACAUGCAUUUUUCCCAGAAUUUUAUUACAAAUAUUUAGAAUAUUUGUAUUUGAAUUACCUGUUUGUAAAACUGAUUUUAUGUAAAUUGUUUAAGAUCAAUGUAAGAGUGUAUUAAUUUAUGGUUAGUGAAAUGUUUUGCUUUUUUGAAGUACAGUUGUGUAAAAAUGUUAAAAAUUUUAUGUAUUAAAAAUUCUUUGUAGAAGUAUUCAUAUUCGUUUACCAAUUUAAUGUUGAGUUAAUUUUCUUAUCUUUGUGGUCUUGAUAAUAAUUGUGUGAGGGAUAAUUAUACGUGUAAAAAUAAGGGUGGGGAUAGAUUUUUAAUAAAGUAAGUUUACUCAUAUUGUUAAGAAAUUAAUCUGUACAACUUAUUUCAAACCAAGUUCAAUGUCAUGAUUCAUGAAAAACAAUAUAUUUAUAUAUUUCCAUCAUAUCACAAUUGUAAGAAUGUAUCCAGGGGCAUUAAAUUACAAAACAAAUUACAGUAUAACACAAAAGUUAAGUAUAAACUUUGUUUCAAUAAUAUGUUUUGUAAGUUUUGUACACCUGUCUGUCUAAAAGAUUAGGUAUUAAACUCAAAAAUAUUUGUAAGUUCAUGUAAAUCCAUAGAUUAUGUCUUCCAUUAAAAUGAUUUUAGUUUCAAUAUUACAAAAAAAUACUAUGAGGUUUGCAAAUUGUUGUGACAAUAAAUUAAAAAAAAUCAUCUUUAUUUUAACAAAGUUUUGGUUUGAAAUAAUGAUAAAAGAAAUAACACUGCAUGUACAUGUAGAUUUAAACAAAAUCUUUCACUUCUCUGUAGGGUUUUGAAAAUUUGAUUAUGAUGAAUAGAAAUUUCCAGAAACAGAGAUUUUGAAAUUGUUAAUGAAGCUUUAAAUCUAGUGAUGUACAGACUAUGACCUUGCCAGUGAAAAAAAGUUUUCAAGAUAUAUUUAUUAUUGAUUAAAUGCUUCAUUUCAGACCAUGCUUUGUUGAUAUUUGUAUGACUAUUAUUUCCACUACAUGAAAUAUUAAAAAGUUUUGAAAAAUCUGGGAUUAAUCUUAUAAUAUAUUUAUUUGUUUAUUAUACAUAAAGGUAAAAACAUGCUGUUUGUUCAAUAUCUUGUGUAGAAACAGGGUACUGAUUUUAAUCUUUUAAUUAUCUAGGUUGGGUGUGUUUAUCUAAUCGCUGUUUUCCUUAAUUGUCAAAGACAUAGCCUUUUUUGGUGUAGGCCAUUGCUUUACAGGCAUAUGUGGCUGUACAAUAUUGUUUGUUACUAUACUUUCAGUAUUUAUGCACUGUAGAUAUAUUUAAAUUGCAAUAAUUGUCAGAAAUAUUAAUGAGCAGAUGCUAUAUUGAGUCAUUCUUAAUUUUGUUGUAAAAUAACAAAUAUAAAAUCAGAUUUUAUA